CCCCCCCCCCGCCGAUCUAUUGGAGAUGGGAUCGCCUCCAAAACCUUAGCAUGCUUCUUCGGCACGGGGGGAACCGACACCUCAUUUGCUGAGCCAGCCACCGGCAGCUCCAUCUCCCCACUGACCACCCCAGAAGAAAAACAAGUGUUCCAAAGCAGAUAUGCCCUCAUGAGCGUCUGUUCUAAUGCAGCCAAUGGUCAUGCAGGGAUGCUCUUUCACCCUCCCCAGAUGUCAUGAGUGGCAUGCCACCGGCCAAUCUCGUCGCAACAGCACCUCCCAUGCACAGUCUCAGGUUAAAACAGCCCAAGAUGGUGCUGCACCAGCCUGUGUGAGCCAAAAGCCUCUGAAUGGUGCCAUUGGGCCACAGAUGCCUCUUGAGAUGAAUCUCUGCUGGAAUGAAAUUAAAAAGAAAUCGCACAGCCUUCGGGCUCGAUUGGAAGCCUUCUCAGACCACAGCAGCAAGCUGCAGAUUCCCUUGCAGGAGAUCAUAGACUGGCUCGGCCAAAAAGAUGAGGAGCUCUCCGCCCAGCUGCCGCUCCGUGGGGACGUCCUCUUGGUUCAGCAGGAGAAGGAAAGGCAUGCAGCAUUUAUGGAAGAGGUGAAGUCCCGGGGCCCCUACAUUUACUCUGUCCUGGAGUCUGCUCAGGCCUUCCUCACUCAGCAUCCAUUUGAAGAAGUGGAGGACUCCAAUUCUGACAGCAAAGAUGUUUCCCCAAGACACCGGAUCCAGAACAUCAGUCGUUUUGUGUGGAAACAGGCCACUGUGGCCAGUGAGCUGUGGGAGAAGCUCACUGCCCGCUGCGUCGACCAGCACCGCCACAUCGAGCGGACCUUGGAGCAGCUGCUGGAGAUCAAGGGCACCAUGGAGGAGCUCAGCACAACCCUCAACCAAGCUGAAAGCGUGCGGGAGACUUGGGAGCCCAUUGGAGAUCUCUUCAUCGACUCUUUGCCAGAACACAUCCAGGCCACCAAGUUGUUCAAAGAGGAGCUGUCCCCCAUGAAAGAUGCAGUGAAGCUUGUGAAUGACCUUGCACAUCAGUUGGCUAUCUCCGAUGUGCAUCUGUCCAUGGAGAACUCUCGUGCCCUGGAGCAGAUCAACACACGUUGGAAACAGCUGCAGGUCUCCAUCAAUGACCGGUUGAAGCACCUUCAGGACGCCCACCGAGACUUUGGGCCAGGAUCACAGCACUUCCUUUCAACCUCAGUCCAAGUCCCCUGGGAACGAGCAAUUUCUCCCAACAAGGUCCCAUACUACAUCAACCACCAGGCUCAGACAACGUGCUGGGACCACCCCAAGAUGACCGAGUUAUACCAGACACUGGCUGACCUGAACAACAUCAAGUUUUCUGCAUAUCGCACAGCCAUGAAACUGCGCCGUGUACAGAAGGCCUUGCGAUUGGACUUGGUGACACUACCAACAGCCUUGGAGGUCUUCAGCGAACAUGAGCUGCAGCCCAGUGACCAUGUGAUGGAUGUGGUGGAGGUGAUCCACUGCCUGACCGCCCUUUACGAGCGACUCGAGGAGGAAAGAGGCAUCCUAGUGAACGUCCCCCUCUGCGUUGACAUGACCUUGAACUGGCUGCUCAAUGUUUUCGAUAGUGGACGCAGCGGGAAGAUGCGGGCUCUCUCCUUCAAGACAGGCAUAGCAUGUCUGUGUGGCACGGAGGUGAAGGAAAAAUUUCAAUAUCUCUUCAGCCAGGUGGCAAAUGCCAGCGGACUCUGUGACCAGCGGCACCUUGGCAUCCUUCUUCACGAGGCCAUCCAGGUUCCACGGCAGCUCGGGGAGGUUGCAGCCUUUGGAGGGAGCAACGUGGAGCCCAGCGUUCGCAGCUGCUUCCGAUUUGGUAAUGGGAAACCAGCAAUUGAGGCUAUCCAGUUCCUGGAAUGGGCUAACCUGGAGCCGCAGUCAAUGGUGUGGCUGGCAGUCCUGCAUCGAGUGACCAUAGCCGAGCAAGUUAAACACCAGACCAAGUGCUCUGUCUGCCGACAAUGCCCAAUCAAAGGAUUCAGGUACCGAAGUCUGAAGCAAUUCAAUGUGGACAUCUGCCAGACUUGCUUCUUGACUGGGAGAGCCAGCAAAGGCAACAAGCUUCAUUAUCCCAUUAUGGAAUACUACACAAUGACCACCUCUAGUGAGAACAUGAGGGACUUUGCCACCACCCUGAAAAACAAGUUCCGGUCGAAGCAGUAUUUCAGCAAGCAUCCCCAAAGAGGGUACCUGCCGGUCCAGUCCGUCCUGGAGGCAGAUUUCAUUGAAACGCCAGCCUCCUCUCCAAUGUUACCUCAUGCAGAUACUCACUCUCGGAUCGAACACUUCGCCAGCAGGCUUGCAGAGAUGGAAAGCCAGAAUUCCUCCUUUUACAAUGACAGCCUUUCUCCGGAUGACAGCCUCUCUGUCCACAACAGGGAUGAGGACCAGUACCUUUUGCGCCACUCCAGUCCUAUUACAGACAGAGAACCAGUCAGUAGUCAGCAGCCCCAGGACAGCACCAACACAGACGACAAAGGGGAACUGGAGAGAAUCUUGGCGCACCUGGAGGAUGAAAACAGGGUUCUCCAAGGGGAGCUGAAGCGUCUGAAAUGGCAGCAUGAGGAGGCAGCGGAGUCGGCAGAAGGAACUCCAGAAUCAGCACAGGAUCCACACAACGAAGAGCUGCUGGCAGAGGCCCGGAUCCUUCGACAGCACAAAAGCCGCCUGGAGACACGGAUGCAGAUCUUGGAGGACCACAACAAACAAUUAGAAUCUCAGCUGCAGCGCCUGAGAGAGCUGCUUCUACAGCCUGGAGCAGAUUCCAAAGGGGAUGGCUCUACAGCCUCAUCCUUGGCUUCCUCUCCCCAUCCAUCAGAGGAGAGCCAGACCAGAGAAAAAGGCCCUGGCACUCCAAACACGGAAACUGCAGAUGAGGUGGAGGUGAGUACUCAGGACGUCAGUCUGUGUCUGGAGGAUAUCAUGGAGAAGCUCCGGAAUGCUUUUCCCAACACUGGAGGUCCGACUUCCCUUAUCUAACACCUCCUGCAAGUGAGAGGCUUUGUCUAACCAGUUCCUCAGCAGCUGCUACUCUCCCUUCCUCUCUCCUCCCCUCUGUGUGACAGACUUCACUCGGAUCCUUAAGGGGACACCUUCAGCAGAAGCUCACCAAAAUCCUAGCAGGGUUUGGCUUCCAGGAGAGCACUCCUUGGUGUAUCUACAGAGCGUUUCCUUUGGAAGGGCAAUCCCAGGGUUACGUACCCCAAAUCCAAAUGAGGUCAAAACUGGAUGCUGACACAUGUCUAGGGUCAAGGAACCCUGAAAGGAAGGAAACAAGGGCACAUGGUAGUGCCUUUCUGUGCAGACUACAAACUGACACGAAUAUCUUCCCCCCUGCCCUCUACAGUUUGUGUUGUGGACUGUCACUUUUUCUGGGCCAAUUUUGGGGCUGAGUCAGGAAGUGACCUAUAGUGGAUUUUGGCCAAGUGAAAUGAUCUGCGGCCUUCACAGGAUGGUGGUUUUAUGGGGACUGGAAUUGUCUCACAGUGACCGAUAAACCAUGAAGAACCUUUAAGCUGGGAAGAAAUCCAAAACCUUUAUUUUAAAAGAGAAAGAGAGAGAGAGAGAGAGUUGGUAUGUUGCAAAAGGAACUUGCAAGCACCCAGGUACCUCCAUACCUUCCAAGCUCAGUGGGAGGAGGAGACAAGGCCCAGAUUAAAUCUCAUGGGGAAAUGAGGAAGAGGAGCAGGCUUUAAAACAUAUUGUUCCAAUGGCAGUAACAGCAGCCUUAUGUGAGAGAAGCUUUAUAACAGAGAGCCUUAUUGUUUUAAUUUACAUAUUUAUAUAUAUACAUAAUAUAUAAAUACAUGUUAUAUAUAUUGUAUUUAAGCACUGUAAUGGACUUCCUCAUGCAUUAAAUUCUAAUUCCUUGUUA